AAAUAUACAGGGAAAGCAACCCUGAUUCCAGGCCCCCUCCGCUAAAGCGUUGCCAAUGUCAACCGUCAAGAACACCCCAACAAGCCUUACCCCCUGGAAACUCCAUCCCAUUGUCUUCGGCGUUUUCAAUGCCGGCGCACAUAAAAAUUCCGGCUACGUUUACGUUGCGAGCUACGCUUAUAAACAAAGUUUGUUAAUAAUUCUCAGCGAACGGACGCGGAAAACAGUCUCGCAUCUCGCGUGUGAAAAUAAAGUCAACUUUUAAAUCGUUUAGAAUGCGGAAAUCACUUUCAAAAGCCUACUAGUACGAGUAAUACAACGUCUUAGAAUCAAUUUCCUGAACAAUUAUUGAAUGCUUGUCUAUGGACAAAUGGUUCGGGGAGAAACGUCUCUGGCUGUUUGGUAACCAUCUUCCACUUCUGCCCAGAAGACCACAAGGUAGCAGCAAAAUGGAUCGCUAUGAGAAGCUCAGUCGGCUGGGCGAGGGAUCCUACGGAGUGGUCUACAAAUGCCGGGAUCGGGAAACGGGCGCUCUGGUUGCGGUGAAGAGGUUUGUGGAGUCCGAGGACGAUCCAGCCAUACGGAAAAUUGCACUGAGAGAAAUUAGGCUGCUGAAGAACCUCAAGCAUCCGAACCUGGUCUCCCUGCUGGAAGUGUUCCGACGGAAGCGUCGCCUCCACCUGGUCUUCGAGUUCUGCGAGCUGACCGUGCUCCACGAGCUGGAGCGCCAUCCGCAGGGCUGCCCGGAGCACCUGACCAAACAGAUCUGCUACCAAACGCUGCUGGGCGUGGCCUACUGCCACAAGCAGGGCUGCCUGCACCGGGACAUCAAGCCGGAGAACAUUCUGCUGACGGCCCAGGGGCAGGUGAAGCUGUGCGAUUUCGGCUUCGCCAGGAUGCUCAGUCCCGGGGAGAACUACACGGACUACGUGGCCACCAGGUGGUAUAGGGCGCCGGAGCUUCUGGUGGGCGAUACCCAGUACGGCACGCCCGUGGAUGUUUGGGCCAUUGGUUGCCUCUUCGCGGAGUUGGUUCGAGGUGAAGCCCUUUGGCCGGGACGAAGUGACGUGGACCAGCUUUACUUGAUCCGCAAAACACUUGGCGAUCUGCUGCCACGUCACAUCCAGAUCUUCGGACAAAACGAAUACUUCAAGGGCAUCACGCUGCCUGUGCCGCCCACGCUGGAGCCGCUGGAGGACAAGAUGCCGGCCAAGUCACAGCAGAACCCGUUGACCAUCGACUUUCUCAAAAAGUGCCUGGACAAGGACCCGGCCAAGCGCUGGUCCUGCGAGAAGCUCACAAAGCACUCCUACUUCGACGACUACAUCGCCAAGCAGCGGGAGCUGGAGCACGUCAGCAGCCUGGAGGCGGCCAAUCUCCGCCAGCAGCAGCUCGCCUCCCAGCAGUUCAUGCUGGCCACGGCGGCCCAGCAGCUCCAGACGGGUCCCGCCCAGGCGGCGGCCAUCGCGGCGGCCCGGGAUAAAUCAAAGACUUCAAACACAUCAUUACCGCUGCUGCCCAGCACGCAGCAUCAUCACCACCCGCAUCAGGACUAUGUGAAGCUGCAGCCCCUGAACAAGAACGGAAACCUCCUUCAUCGCACCGAGCAUCAUCUGCCCACAAUUUGAACAGCAACUGUAAUUAAGAAAUGUCCUUGCAUUGCAAACCAGUUUUGAGCAAAACUUUGCCCAAAACCUAUAUUAUUUACUGCUGGGAAUAAAUGUGUAAAAGUAAUCCAUCAAUAAAUCACUGGGUGUAAAGUCAGUAAAUACUUUGGUAUUCAUGCUACCGAACCAAACUGAAUUAGUAACUAAGUCCAAAGUGCAAUUUUCAACUG